GCGUCACCUCCGGCCGGCGGCGGUUUGAGCUGGGAGCCCGCGAAGGGCGCGAGGAGCCCGCUCAACAUGGCUUGUAUGUUCCAGGAAACACCUACGCUUGAAGCUUCUUAUUCUGAAAAUGUUGAUGCUAAGCUGUCCUUUCUACCUGAAAGACUGAGAAAGAAACUGCUUCCUUUUCAGGAGAAAGGCAUCGUAUUUGCACUUCAGAGAAGUGGCAGGUGUAUGAUUGCUGAUGAGAUGGGUCUAGGUAAAACAAUUCAAGCAAUUGCCAUUUCCUACUACUACAAAACGGAAUGGCCUCUCUUAAUCGUAGUGCCUUCAUCUCUGAGAUACCCUUGGGUUGAUGAGAUGGAGAAGUGGAUUCCAGAACUCUCUCCAGAUGAUAUUAUCAUCAUUCAGAACAAAACCGAUACUGGGAGAAUAUCAACCAGCAAAGUGACGAUUCUGGGGUAUGGCCUGUUAACUUCUGAUGCCCAGACUUUAGUAGACACUUUAUACAAGCAGAACUUCAAGGUAGUUGUGAUUGAUGAAUCACACUAUAUGAAAUCCAGAAAUGCCACCCGCAGCAAGAUCUUGUUGCCAAUUGUGCAGAAAGCUGUUAGAGCUAUUCUUCUUACUGGAACUCCUGCUCUAGGAAGACCUGAAGAGCUUUUCAUGCAGAUUGAGGCACUUUUUCCAAAAAGAUUCGGAACUUGGAAUGAAUAUGCCAAGAAAUACUGCAAUGCUCGUCUCAGAUUUUUUGGUAAAAGAGCUCAAUGGGACUGUAGAGGAGCUUCAAAUUUAGAAGAAUUGCAUCAGCUUUUAAGAGAAAUUAUGAUCAGAAGACUCAAGAAUGAUGUUCUAACUCAGUUGCCUCCCAAAGUUAGGCAACGUAUUCCAUUUGACCUCCCACAAGCCACAGCUAAGAAUUUGAAUGCGACUUUUGCAGAGUGGGAGAAAUUAAUGAGAAACCUGAAUUCAGAUGCCAAUGAAAGCCACUUUGUUGAAGUCAUGAGUCUAAUCACACGCAUGUAUAAAGAAACAGCCAUUGCCAAGGCAGGAGCAGUAAAGGACUAUAUUAAAAUGAUGCUUGAAAAUGACAAGUUGAAGUUUCUAGUUUUUGCUCACCACUUAAGCAUGCUUCAAGCCUGUACAGAGGCAGUUAUAGAAAAUAAGGUUCGCUACAUACGGAUAGAUGGAAGUGUUCCUUCUGCGGAAAGAAUACAUCUUGUUAAUCAGUUUCAGAAGGAUCCUGAUACACGAGUUGCUAUUUUGAGUAUUCAGGCAGCUGGUCAGGGUUUAACUUUCACUGCUGCUACUCACGUUGUGUUUGCUGAAUUAUAUUGGGAUCCAGGCCAUAUUAAGCAGGCAGAAGACAGAGCACACCGAAUUGGGCAGUGCAGUUCUGUGAAUAUUCACUUCCUUAUUGCAAAAGGAACAUUGGAUCCUCUUAUGUGGGCAAUGCUGAAUCGCAAGGCCAAAGUUACAGGCAGCACCUUGAAUGGCAAGAAAGAGAGAAUGCAGGCUGAAGAAGGUGAUAAGGAGAAAUGGGACUUUUUGAGUUUUGCUGAAACUUGGACCCCAAAUGAAAUUCUAGAAGAUACCCAAAAUGAAGUUCUGUUUACGCAUUUUGAAAAGGAAAGACAGCAUGACAUACGUUCCUUCUUUUCCCCCAAGUCCUCCUCUGAGAAGAAACGCAAAAUAUUUUCAGGUAGUGAAUCAUUAAAUAUUGAUUCAGAAUCUUUUGAAGUCACAAAAGAAGAGGAUGCAGAGAAGAGCAGUGAAAACCUGGAUUCUACAAGACUAAGCGACGCGGAUACAAUUUGUCAUGAAAGUACGUCUGAACGUGAAGCUAAAAGAGCAAGAAGCAUAAGUGGAUCUACUCCAGUCAGCUCCAGUAAGAAAAAGAAAAAAUCUUUAACUGGAAAAAAGUCCACUUUGUUUACAGAAAAAAAUGCUGAAGUCCUUCCUUGUGGCUCAAACACUUCAACCAAAAGCACAGCUUUAAAUAAAGUCUGGCACUGUAGUGCUUGCACUUACAGCAAUAACGAAUUGCUUCCUUACUGUGAAAUGUGCAGUUGCCCUCAGAACAGUAAUGCUGAGAGAAAUCCCGCUAGCCAGACUGAAGAAAACAUGUCAGAAGACUCUGAAAGAAAUGAACAGAGUGCAGCAUGGGAUGCUGAAGAUAAAGGAGAAGAUUUGGGGGAAACAGUGACCCAGCAAUCUGUUGAAAUAAGUGAACAAGAAGCUGUUAAAAUUGAAAGUAAAAAAGGUGAAAAGAAGUGUGGAGAAGAAGAUUUAGAUCAAUCAGACACGUUUCUAGUAUAUGAUGGGCUUAUGUUCUGUGCAAGCAGGAACACUGAUAGAAUUCACCUCUAUACAAAGGAUGGUGAACCACUGAAUCAUAAUUUCAUUCCGUUGGACAUACAGCUGGAUAACUGGGAGGAUUUGCCAGAGACCUUCCAGCAUAAACAAAAUCGUUCAUUGAUACUAAGGUUUGUGAAAGAAUGGAGUCGCCUCACAGCAAUGAAACAGAAAAUUGUCAGAAAAAGUGGUCAGAUAUUUUGUAGUCCUAUUCAUGUUGCAGAGGAGUUGUCUAAAAAGCAGUCAGUGGCCGGCAGCACAAAAAGGUAUGUGACCAAGGAGGAUGUGGCAGCAGCCUCACUUAGCAAAGCUAGCAGCAGCGGGGGCAGUGUUCGCCUCAUCUCUAAAGAAAAUAAGGUUUGUCUGAAGAAUGAAGGUGCUUCUACUGAACAGUCAGGCCACUCCACAAAAUUGCUUUUAGAGAACGGAAAAGGUUUUUCAGCUCUUCAUCCAGAUGAGGCUGAAGCUGAAGGCUCUCCCCUACCCAAAGGCUAUUUGCAAGCCUUGGACAGUGAAGGGAACCCGCUUUGUCUCAGCUGUCAGCAGCCCACGACUCAGCUUGACCAAAGCUGCCAGGCCCGUGCCUGGGACAUGCGGUUCUGCUCUCUUGCUUGCCAGGAGGACUUCUUGAUUCGUUCCAGUCAGAGCUACCUCAGGGCUAAGGUGUUUGAAAUUGAACACGGUGUUUGCCAGUUCUGUCAUCAGAAUGCCCAUGAGCUUUAUCUGAACAUCAGAGAUGCGCCAAAGACUGAGCGUAAGAAACUCCUGGAGAGCUCUUGGAUGUCUCACCUUCCACUUGGGCAGUUGAAUGAAAUUAUAACAAAUCCCACAGAAGGUCACUUCUGGCAGGUGGAUCACAUCAAGCCUGUCUAUAGUGGAGGAGGACAGUGCUCCCUGGAAAACCUUCAAACUCUGUGCACGAUCUGCCACAGAGAGAGAACUGCAAGACAGGCUAAGGAAAGAAGUCAGAUGAAGAGACGUUCCUUAGCUACAAAGUAUGGCUGUGAUAUCACAAAGUUUUUUGUGAAGAUGUAAAAUAGUAAAUAUAUUCAGUUACAUUAUAAGUCAGGACUUAGUACCAUUACAUAGUUUUCCUUGUGCACAUAUUUAAAAAAAGAUGUCUAUCAGGGUGGUGGUAGAGAGAAGAAAAUAUGUAACAAAGACCCAAAAUAUUGUAACAUUGAUUUUCAGAGAUGAGCGCAUCCAAGAUACUCAAUCAUGGUUAUAUUUUUGUGACCCCCCCCCUCUGUUUCAAGCUGAAUUGCUGUGUCCAACCGUAAUGCAAUGUUGUUGCUGUAUUAUUUUCACGAGUGUGUUUACACCUACAGGAAUUGGAGAAAGUGCUGUUGGAACUUGUGUUAGUCUUGGAGUUCAACUUUUAUGGAGCUUUAUGGACUACAGCUCUAUCUUAGUUUAAGUUCUUUUCUUUGUUCACGUAAUCAAAAUUACUGGAAAAAAUAUAGCCUCAGAUCUCGGUUGUGAGAGUGCAAGCCAUCUGUUUCUUUUAAAACUGUCUCAUACCUAUACAGUAAGUUAAUAGCAGCCUUGCAAAUGUUGUAAUCAGCUAUGACAGACAUAGUGGUAGCACUGGACCUGACUUAAAAGAUUUGGGCACUUAAAUAAAAAUAGAUUUCAAGAGACAUUAAAACAGCUAGUAUUUAAAACUUACUCAUGAUAAAGGUAGUAUCUAUUGUUCCUAUCUUAGCCAGGGUAAUUUCUGGGAAAUGCUGCUUUAACAAGAGUGUAGAUAUAAUGGUUAUUUUGCACUGUUUAGGUCACUUUCUCUACAGUUCCUUCAAAUAAAUCAAUGUUUUUUUUUA